GGCGGCUGUAGCGAGACAAUCCAGUAACGGGGCGUGUGGUGGGCGAAGGCGGCCGUCUUGGAGAAGUUUCCUCUGUGCUGGGAAGGUCAGGGCUGGGGUCGCCGCCGCCGCCGCCGCCAUGGAGACGCUAUACCGGCUGCCGUUCACGGUGCUGGAGUGCCCCAACAUCAAGUUGAAGCGGCCGAGCUGGGUGCACAUGCCUUCGGCCAUGACAGUCUAUGCCCUGGUGGUCGUCUCUUAUUUCCUCAUCACGGGAGGAAUCAUUUAUGAUGUGAUUGUGGAACCUCCCAGUGUUGGUUCAAUGACUGAUGAACAUGGACACCAGAGACCCGUGGCUUUCCUGGCAUACAGAGUAAAUGGACAGUAUAUUAUGGAAGGGCUUGCCUCCAGCUUCCUCUUCACAAUGGGAGGCCUAGGUUUCAUCAUACUGGACCGUUCCAAUGCACCAAAUAUCCCAAAACUGAACAGGUUUCUGCUGCUUUUUAUUGGAUUUGUCAGCGUCCUGUUGAGUUUCUUCAUGGCCAGAGUGUUCAUGCGGAUGAAAUUACCGGGCUAUUUAAUGGGUUAGCGCCUUGACUGACUGUGAGCACAACUUGGAUUCUCUUGUUCUCCAUAAAGAAACUACAGGCAGCAAAAAUUCUGUGGCCCAUCCCUCCUGUCUGAAGAGAUAAGAAAAAGAGAAGUGGCGAAGGAAAGGACUGCUUUCUCAUUUUCUCCUUGUAGAAAAAGAAGCGUUUGUUGCAAGCAAAUAGUUUUAUUGACAGAUGUAUGCCAAUAUUCUCCCCACUUCAAAGGGAACAAAAUAUUUGGAAGUAUUAACAAGGCAUAAGCAUAUGAAGUAGAAAAUGUAAAAUUGCUGCCCUUUUCACAUCCCCCUCCCUCCCCCCUUCACUAUACUUGCCCUAGUAUUUGUGAGAGGCUUUUUUUGUCAAUCAGGGCAAAGUGAGAGGCUUUUUUUGUCAAUCAGGGCAAAGAAAAUAUAGAUUGAUCUUUUCUGUGUCUGUAAAUGGAAAUGACUGUUGGUGAUUAAUUGCCAUUGUGCAACAGGGCAAUUCAGCAGGUGGAAUUCAGCAGAUGGCGCUGUAUUCCUGGAAAAAGCUGCCCAAGCUGACUGCACUGGUUACCUAUUGGGUAAACUGCAGUUUGGAGUAGAGAGUUUGCCUGGAAUUGGAUUCCUGAUUCUCACCCAACCCAGUCUCCUGCCAGCAGACUGCUUUUUGGUGAUAAAAAAAAUGUUUCUGUGUACAUGUGGCAGGAACACUUUGUGUAAGCCCAAAUGCUAGAUUGAGGUCUUUCAUGUUUCUCACCAGGCUUUUGCAGCAUCAGCGGAGCAGAUUCACACAUUUCUGAUUUGGGGCACAUACUUGCUCUCCAGAUAUUGACUUGGAUACCGUAAAUGUUGAUGUUCAUGCUCUGUCUUAACGCUAACAGAAACAGACUCAGGCAAAGGAAAACCAUUUUUGUGUGAAAACAGUUCUUCCUUUUGGAAAAUGCAUUUUAAAAAGGACAAAUUAAACACAUUUUCUACUAAACCACCCUGUUCUGUAUUCAUCGUUCAUAAAUUUUAAGCACUUCUGGCAUUGAUCUUUCCUGCAACCUGAGCUCGGUAACUGAUCAAUAACAAGUGGAGCGUCUGCAGAAUGGGAGUGAUACGAAGAUUCCACUUAGCUCCCAGUAGUAGCUGGGCUGCAGCAUUCUGUACGAACUGGAGUUUCUGAGUUGAUCAGCAUUGGUUCUGCAUUUUUUGAUGCCCACUGCAGAGAAGAGGGAGGAACUAGAAAGAAAAGAUUACGUAAAGUAAGGGGUCAUCAAUACAAUGAGCAGAAGUGUUACUGCACCUCCCUUCUAGCAGUCCUGUACUUUUUUCUCUUGAGUUCAAGCCAGUUGGUGCUCUUAAAAACAAGUAACCA